AUGGCCUGGCAGAUGAUGCAGCUGCUGCUUCUGGCUUUGGUGACCACUGUGGGGAGUGCCCAGCCCAGGAGUGCGCAGGCCAGGACGGACCUGCUCAAUGUCUGCAUGAACGCCAAGCAGCACAAGGCACAGCCCAGUCCCGAGGACGAGCUGCAUGGCCAGUGUCGUCCCUGGAAGAAGAAUGCCUGCUGUUCUACCAACACCAGCCAGGAAGCCCAUAAGGAUGUUUCCUACCUAUAUAGAUUCAACUGGAACCACUGUGGAGAGAUGGCACCUGCCUGCAAACGGCAUUUCAUCCAGGACACCUGCCUCUACGAGUGCUCCCCCAACUUGGGACCCUGGAUCCAGCAGGUGGAUCAGAGCUGGCGCAAAGAGCGGGUGCUGAACGUGCCCCUGUGCAAAGAGGACUGUGAGCAAUGGUGGGAAGAUUGUCGCACCUCCUACACCUGCAAGAGCAACUGGCACAAAGGCUGGAACUGGACCUCAGGGUUUAACAAGUGCCCAGUGGGAGCUGCCUGCCAACCUUUCCAUUUCUACUUCCCCACACCCACUGUUCUGUGCAAUGAAAUCUGGACUUACUCCUACAAGGUCAGCAACUACAGCCGAGGGAGUGGCCGCUGCAUCCAGAUGUGGUUCGACCCAGCCCAGGGCAACCCCAAUGAGGAGGUGGCGAGGUUCUAUGCUGCAGCCAUGAGUGGGACUGGGCCCUGGGCGGCCUGGCCUCUCCUACUUAGCCUGGCCCUAAUGCUGCUCUGGCUGCUAAGCUGAUCUCCUUUUACCUUCUGAUACCUGGAAAUCUCUGCCCUCUUUAGCCCCAUAGCUCCCAGCUAUUUGGUUCCUGCUCCAUGGUUGAGCCUCUGACAGCCACUUUGAAUAAACCGGACACCGCACA